AUGCUGCGACAAGCCGUCCACUCCUUCCUGCUUGCCUUGUUGGCAGGCCAAACCAUUGCAGCUCCUAGCAAUUCCUCCUCAUCUGCCAAGGUCAAAUGGCUCGGCGAGAAGCCCGACUUCACUUCUGGAACGACCUUUGGCGUUCCAUGGCCUCAAUCUAAGCACUUUCCCAAAAACACAAAAUUCACGGCUUCCGGUGCUUCUGGGCAGGACAUUGAUCUUCAGUCCUGGGUCACUGGAUAUUGGGCUGAUGGCUCGGUGAAGUGGACUGGACAUGCGAUCCCUGCAUCGGAAGACGUGCUUGAUGAAUAUGUCGUCAAGGCUGUUACUUCUGGAAGUGGCAUUAAUUCCACUGUCUCGAGCGGAAAGAGCGACGGUGGCAUUUCUGUUACUCAAUCCUCUGACGACAUCAAAGUCGACACAGGAAAGGUGACCGCGACCUUCCCGAAGAAGGGAUCCGUCAUUGUCAAAGAGAUCCAGACCAAUGGCAAGCGUAUCGCCCAGAAUGGAAGACUUGUCCUUCGAUCUAAAUCUGGUGUCUCCCAUGCUGGUGAUGACGACGCCGAAUCUUUCAAGACUCUUCGCUUCCAGAGUAACAUCGAUAACGUUACUGUCAGCGAUCACAACUCAGCAAGAGCUCUCGUUACUGUUCACGGCAAGCACGAGGCAGCUGACAAGUCCGGUCACGACGCCUGGCUCCCAUUUGUUCUUCGUUUUUACCUUUACUCGGGUUCCGAAUCGAUCAAGAUAAUCCACAGCUUGGUCUUCGACGGAGAUGCGGAGAAGGACUUUAUCUCUGGCGUUGGUCUUCGCUUUGAUGUCCCGCUGGAGGGAGAGGAGCUUUACGACCGCCACAUCCGAAUUGCCGGUGUCGAUGGCGGUCUUCUCAGCGAAGCUGUUCAAGGCAUUACUGGUCUUCGAAGAGACCCUGGUGCUAAUGUUCGAGCUGACCAGUUUGACGGAAAAGAACUGCCUGAUAAGUCUACCUGGGAUGUCCGUGUCUCCAGCCGCAUGCACUGGAUCCCACCUUGGAACGACUACAGCCUGAGCCAGCUCUCCUCCGAUGGCUUCACCCUCAAGAAGCGAACCAAAGCUGGUCAGAGCUGGGUUACCAUCCCUGGAGGCACUCGCGCUGAAGGUCUUGCAUACCUCGGUGGCGCCACGGUGGGUGGUCUGGCUGUCGGUCUUCGUGACUUCUGGAAGAGAUUCCCCACCGGCUUCGACAUCUCCAACGCUGCAUCCGAUACUGGUUCCAUCACACUUUGGCUCUACAGCCCAUCGGCCGAGCCGCUUGACCUUCGUCCAUACCACGACGGCCUUGGCCAGAAGAACUACACCGACCAGCUCGAUGCUCUUGAGAUUACUUACGAAGAUUGGGAGGAGGACUUUGACACCCCCUACGGUAUUGCUCGAACUAGCGAACUGUACCUUAUCGCAUUCGACAAGACUCCCUCGCAUGACACUCUUGCCAGCCACGUUUCUCAGAUCAACAACCCUCCCGUCCUAGUCGCCGAGGGUGAGUACAUCAGCAAGACCAAGGCUCUUGGUUCUUACUGGGCCCCAGCGGAUAACUCUACCGCCGCGUCCCAGAAGCUCGAAGCCAACAUCGACUUCCUCGCCAAGUUCUACCAGUACGAAGUUGAGCACCGUCGAUGGUACGGAUUCCUGGACUUUGGCGAUUUUAUGCACACGUACGAUCCAGACCGACACGAGUGGCGAUAUGAUAUCGGUGGUUACGCCUGGGACAACUCUGAGCUCUCUCCCGACCUGUUCUUUUGGCAGUACUUCCUCCGCACUGGCCGCGAGGAUAUCUACCGCUUUGCUGAGUCUCUUACACGACACACCGGCGAGGUGGAUGUCUACCACAUUGGCAACUGGAAGGGUCUUGGUACACGACAUGGCGUCCAGCACUUCAGCGACAGUGCCAAGCAAGCACGUAUCUCACAGCCUCAGUACAGGAAGUACUUCUACUACCUCUCUGGUGGUGACGAGCGCACCGGCGAGCUGUUUGAGGAGCUUCUCGACACAGACAAGACCUACGGUGUUCUUGAUCCGCAGCGAAAGGUCCGAAAGGAUGGUUGGGUACCUACACCAAACUCAACGGUUGCAUUCGGCCUCGGUACGGACUGGGUUGCGCUCGCCGGUGGCUGGUUGAUUGACUGGGAGCGCCGCAGUCCUCGAUGGGAAGAGUCCAAGGAAAAGCUCAUCAGCACAGCCAAAGGUAUCGCAAACCUCAAAUAUGGCUUCGUCACAGGCAAUGGUCUCUACAGUCUCCAGAACUGGACUCUUGGUCCUCCACCUGCCGACCCCGACAACAAGGGCCAUGUCGACGUUUCUCAUCUCGCUGCUGUGUUUGGUCUGCCAGAAGUUGUAUCCGAAUUGAUCGAGUACGCUGGUGUUGAACUACCCAAGGAAUUCAAGGAAGCUUGGCUUGAAUACUGUUACUACUUCGAAGCAACACCUGCUGAGCAAGCUGCUCGUUACGGAAAGGACUUUGGAAAGUUGAACUUGUACCAAGGCCACUCGCGCCUGACAGCCUACGCAGCGAACCAACAGAAGAACGAGACGAUGGCGAACAUUGCGUGGGACAAGUUCUUCAACAGUGAUGGCUUCAAGGCACCCAACGCCACCUUCGAGACUACGCCUAUUCCUGAUCAUGAGGGUUUGAUCCCUGGAAAGGAGGCGCCAUGGGUUUCUACAAAUGAUGUUGCGCAGUAUGGAUUGGCCGUUAUUCAGAACCUCGCUCUUGCUAGGGACGCUCUUGAGGAUUACAAACCCAAGGCUUAG